UGUAUAUGCCUCCAGGCUCCAGGCUCCAGGCACAAGUUAGGAGUUGUAGAUAAAGUGAAAGAAGUAACCAUGGCUCUUGCAGUGGGCAGAGGAUUUCUUCUCCAGCCGUGCUCUUCUUCAGCCUUCAUUUCUAAGAAUAUUUAUAAGGCAUGGCCUGCUAGACCAGAUCCAGGAACAACUCGACGUUUCACCCGAACUGUGGUUCGGGCUCAGCUCGGCCGCCCUACAUGGCUGCCUGGGCUUGACCCUCCACCCUACCUUGAUGGAAGUCUGGCUGGAGAUUUUGGUUUUGACCCACUUGGGCUUGGAGAGGAUCCGGAAAGCUUGAAGUGGUAUGUGCAGGCAGAGCUGGUUCAUUCUCGCUUUGCUAUGCUUGGAGUUGCUGGAAUUCUUCUAACUGAUUUGCUUCGUGUGAGUGGAAUCAUCAACAUACCAGUUUGGUAUGAAGCAGGUGCAGUAAAAUUCAAGUUUGCCAACACGGAGACUCUAUUCAUUGUCCAACUCAUCUUGAUGGGGUUUGUUGAAACUAAGAGGUACAUGGAUUUUGUUAGUCCCGGAUCUCAAGCUCAGGCAUCUUUCUUCGGGGUGGAAGCCGCGCUGGAAGGUUUAGAACCGGGAUAUCCUGGGGGUCCUUUGCUAAAUCCUCUUGGCCUGGCUAAAGAUAUCAAAAACGCCCAUGACUGGAAACUAAAAGAGAUUAAAAAUGGACGUCUUGCAAUGGUAGCCAUGCUGGGCAUCUUUGUGCAAGCUUAUGUGACGCAUGUAGGACCAAUUGAUAACCUUGUGGAGCACCUCUCAAAUCCAUGGCACAAAACUAUUGUUCAAACCCUAGCUAACUCUGGAUCUUAAAUAUAAUUUAUGUUUUAACACCACCUUUUCAUUUGUUCAA